CGACCAACGAACAACAGCAAUAAAAAACAAUGGCAACCACCAUGUCUGCCGCCAUUACCAGCUCCUCUGCGUGCGUUUGCACAGCCAAGACCAGCAGGCGGCCCGUGCGGGCAUCCCUCGGGCAUGCUGCUGGCCUCAGACCCCAGGGCGCUCCUCUUAGAUCACUGCAGUCUACUCUGGUAGCACAGCCUCGCGCAAAGCAGACACAGACCCUCCGUCAGAAUGUGAAGACUGCUGCAGCAAUGGAGAUCUACCAGGUCGCCGACGAGCUCAGCUACAUCUCUGGUGUAGCUGGUGUCUGCUUCGCCAUCACUCUUGUGGGACUGGCGGUUGGCUUCGUACUCCUGCGCGUUGAAGCGCUCACUGAGGAGGGGAAGCUCUGAGCAGUUUGGAAUGCACUAGGAGAUAUACUAUUACAUGACGGUGGAGAUAUCAGCACAAGCAGCCUCAUUGAGAAGAUUAUACCUCAGCACAGCUUUGGAUUAUAGAGAAAUAUGAUGGGACACGCAGAUAUGGAGAGCUAUAACGCAUAUAUCAGUGGGAGUGUGACAUUGUCUCUUACACCUUGUCUUUUCAAAGGAUCAUCCAGGGGUCAGCAUUAUGAACUUUUGCAGCCAUUAUUGAUCAUGUAGCGAGCAGCAACAUUGUGGUCAAGGCUGUUGGGUCUUGGUUUCCAAGCUGAUGUCUUCUGCUGGCGUGGCAAGAAGUGCAGGCAUGCAUAUGGCGUCUUUGUAAAUCUGCACAUUGCGGUC